AAUUGCGCGGCCAUUUUAGAAGUUACAAAAACGUUCGUAGUUCAAUUUCAAAUUACGCGUGAUAAAUUUCGCGUGAUAUGGAAGUGCGGCAAAGUGGCAGUAGUGACGAGACAAUGACACAGACCCAGGAAGAUUCGCACGAUUUGGAUUCAAAGUUAUUGGGUCCUGUUCCAAUUGUUGUGGCCACAGAAACCCACACCUUUAAGCUCGCCGAGAAGGCUUUGGAAGAUAUCUUGCUCGAUGAAAGUGUUAGAGACAAGAAGGUCGCUGUAGUAUCCGUUGCCGGUGCAUUCAGGAAAGGAAAAUCGUUUUUACUGGAUUUCUUUCUCCGGUAUUUAGACAGAGAGGGAGCUCAAGAUUGGAUUGGAGGAGAGAAUGAAGCCUUGAAGGGUUUUUCUUGGAAAGGGGGGUCUGAGCGUGAUACCACUGGCAUCCUUCUGUGGAGUAAGCCAUAUAUAAAAAAGCUCCCCAAUGGAGAAGAGAUUGCUGUUCUACUGAUGGACACUCAGGGUUCAUUUGACAGCUCAUCAACAGUAAAAGACUGUGCAACAAUAUUUGCACUCAGCACAAUGACCAGUUCUAUCCAGAUUUACAAUUUAACACAUAAUAUACAAGAAGAUGAUCUUCAACAUCUCCAGCUGUUUACAGAGUAUGGCAAACUGGCAAUGGAAGAAAGUGAUAUAAAGCCAUUUCAAAGACUGAUGUUUCUGAUUCGAGAUUGGAGCUUUCCUUAUGAACAACCUUACGGAGCUGAAGGUGGAAACAAUCUUUUAGAGAAGCGUCUUCUUACGACAGAAAAACAGCAUUCUGAACUGAUUCAAGUGAGGAAGCACAUUAAGUCAUGCUUCAGUGACAUUGGUUGUUUUUUGAUGCCACAUCCUGGCAUGAAAGUGGCCACAAAUCCCACAUUUGAUGGCAGUCUGAGAGAAAUUGAAGACGAAUUUAAAGAGCAGUUACGAAAACUGACCCCAUCGGUGCUUUCCUCUGAAAACCUUGUUGUUAAAAGUAUCAAUGGUGGAGAGGUGACAUGCAGAGGGCUGUUGGAGUAUUUUAAGGCAUAUAUGAAGAUCUUCCAAGGUGAAGAACUACCGCAACCAAAGUCUAUGUUGCUGGCCACAGCUGAAGCGAACAACCUUGCAGCUCUGGCAAUCUCGAAAGACUCUUACUCAAAACAGAUGGAACAUCUGUGUGGUGGCGACUCGCCCUACUUAGCGCCGCAUGAACUCGAAAAGAAACACCAACAGGUGAUGGAAAACUCGUUGACGAUGUUUCACGGCACUCGGAAGAUGGGAGGUAGUGAAUUUAGCCAGGAGUACGCCGAAAGACUUAGGAAGGAGAUCGAAGAAGCAUUUGGGAACUUUGUUAAACUUAACGACGGCAAAAACAUCUUUAAUGCUGCCCGCACUCCGGCCGUCUUCUUCACGCUAGUGGUUAUGGGAUACUUUUUCUCUAGUGUGUUCGGCUCGAUUGGAUUGGUGGCGUUUACGCGCAUGUGCAAUCUGGUGAUAUGGUCCGGUCUGUUAGCUAUUGUUGCGUGGUCCUACAUUCGAUUCAGUGGGGAGUUCAGAGAAUAUGGAGCCAAGCUGGAUCACGUGGCAGAAGUUAUUUGGGACGAGGCAUUUAUGCCAGCAUAUAAUGCUGCAUUUCAACGCGGUGUGCAAGCAGUGAUAACGUCACAGACACAAUCAUCCAAGAAAACGAAAUGAUUGAAAAAAAAAUCGAUGAUAUAAAAUCGAAUAUUAAAGCAGCUCGACUCACGGGAAGUUCAACUGCUCUUACAGACUAUGUUCUCGCAACUACAAAGAGUAAUUAUUGCGAAUAA